AUGGAGCUGCACCAGGUCGAAGGAAGUCGUGAGGGAGGGGCCUUGACAUUACAUGGUCCAUUCGAGCACGUCCCGGAUCACAGUGUAAGGAGAGUCGACAGCGGAUAUGGCCCUGGCUUGACUGGAGUACCCGUCGCAGCCCCGGUACAUACCACCAGUGAUGCCAACAAUGUCCAUGAUCAUCCCGAAGCUGCUGCUGAGGGUGGCUCAGACUCCCCAGCUACUGAAGCACGCGUCGAGACCACAGAAACAGCACCCAAUGAUUUCCAGCCAUUGUUCUCAGAAUUCAGCAAAUACGAAAAAUUAUUCGUCAUGGUCAUGGUGACUCUUGCUUCGUUCUUCUCCCAUCUUUCCGGUCAGAUAUACUACCCCGUCAUGCCAACAUUGGUAGGGAACUACCACCUCACCCCGGAGCUGAUCAACCUCACAAUCACAACAUAUAUGAUCUUCCAAGGCCUCACCCUGAGCUUCAUGGGUACCUUCGCCGAUACCUGGGGUAGACGUCCAUCAUAUAUCAUUGCGUUUGCAGUCUAUACCGCUGCCAAUAUCGGGCUGGCGUUGCAGAACAGUUUCGCGGCGUUGCUUGUCCUCCGCUGUCUCCAGAGUGCAGGGAGCAGUGGCACUGUGGCCUUUGGGUAUGGCGUUAUAGCGGACAUUGCGACAACAGCAGAGCGUGGAAAGUAUAUAGGGCCCAUGGUAGCAGGUGUUAUGGUUGCGCCUGCGUUGGGCCCUGUUGUCGGUGGUCUUUUGGCCAAAUUCCUCGGCUGGCGCAGCGUCUUCUGGUUCCUAGUCAUUUUUAGUGGAGGGUAUUUGGUGUUCUAUGUGCUUGGUAUGCCAGAGACGGCGCGCAAGAUUGUCGGUAAUGGCCACGCAGUACCAAAUGAGUGGUGGCGCAGGUCGGUCAUCCAAUGGUGGUCGAAGAGGCAGGCACAGUCGGACGAGGAAGAGAACACUGACGCAAAAGGAUCUCAGAAGUCCCCGCAUACCAAGAGACUUAGGUUCCCGAAUCCUUUGAAGUGCUUUGUCAUUCUGCUGGAGUGGGAUGCCCUGAUCAUCAUCUCGUACGUCGGGAUUGUGAUGUUCUCGAAUAUCGCUCUGUUGACGAGCACCCCAAAUCUCUUUGGUCCCCUAUACGGAUUCAACGAACUCCAGAUUGGACUCUGUUUCUUGCCCCUCGGAGUAAGCUCUUGCCUCGGCGCAGUCCUAUAUGGGAAAGUCAUUGACUACAACUACAAGCAAACAGCCCAGAAGCUCGGAUUCCCGGUGGAUCUGAAGAAAGGAGACGACUUGCGGAGUUUCCCAAUCGAGCGCGCUCGCCUACAAACAGUAUUCCCAGUAAUGGCCAUCGGCGUUGCAGCAUUCAUCCCAUACGGCUGGGUUCUACAGCAAAGAGUACACUUAGUUGCCCCGCUAGUGUUACAGUUCAUCAUAGGCUUCUGCUUCGUUGCAUCCCUGAACUGCCUCAACACUCUUCUUGUCGACCUGUUCCCAGACAAGCCCGCCACGGCUGCGUCGGCAUGCAAUCUUGUUCGCUGCUGCACUGGUGCCGUUGGGGCUGCUGUCAUUGGCCAGAUGCUGAGUGGCAUGGGAUGGGGAUGGUGUUUUGUUUUUCUGGGGUUAGCCAUGGGUGUUGGGAUGGGGCUGCUCUGGGUUGAGAAUGUGUAUGGGAUGGGCUGGAGAGAGAAGAGGUUGCUCAAGAUCGAACGGAAGAAGGUAGAGAAGGAGGCGAGAGCUGCUGAGACUCAGGUCGAAGGAAAGGCCGAUGGAAGAGAUCAGAAGGAUACCAAUGUUCGAGAAUUGGUUGCUGAUGCUGAUGUCACUGGAGGAACAGAUACUCGCUCAAACCAGUGA